AUGACUCUGAUCGUCUUCUCUCUCCCGCCGAAGAACCUUGACAGCAGUCUGCAGCAGAGCCACGCGCUGCAGAGCAGGAUGGGUACAUUUGUGACCCUGGCAGAAGUGCUGGAGGCCCGGGGUUCACCACUGGAUGAGGAUGAGGUCUGGUGUCUGCUGCUUGCCGCCACUGAGGCCUUACUGGACAUUUCCCAAAAAGGUAACAUGUGCAGUGUGCUGAGCCCAGGCUCAGUGCUGCUGUCAGCCAAUGGGAGUUUGGCCUUCAAGAGCUGUGCCCGAUAUGAAGACGUGGCCUCCUUCACAGCUCCCGAGGUCCAGCAGGGUCACGCUGCCUCCACCAGGACUGCAGCCGAAAAGGUCAAAAAGCUCGAAGUGGUUAUGGUUGUGUACUCACUGGGGAUGACUCUUUAUUGGUGCGUUGAUUAUCAUCUACCUCAAAACCAGCCGGUCCAGCUGAGUGCAGAGCUGGAGGGUUUGCUGCUGAGCAUGUGCGAGGACAUGGUGGUCAGGCGGACUGACCUGCUGACGGUGCUAGAAAACUGUGAGCUUCACCACAAGGCCUCAGUGCUGCCUCCUGCUGAACGGCUCAUCAGGCAGCUGGUAGAGGAUGUCUACAGAAACUCAGUUGAUCAUGUGUCCAUGGCUGAAAAUGGAUCCCACCUAACAGACCGCAGUCAAGCGGUCAGGGAAAGAUUACACAGUGGCUCUUCUAGUAACUCAACAUGGGCGCUGAAGAAGAAGAUUUCUAGAACAUUCUUCGGAACAUCUUAUCCAUGCGAGGCCGCAGGGAUUCUCUCGGGAGGUCGACACAGGGAGAGUUACGGCACCUGGCAGCAGCUGAAUCACAGCCCCAGCACUCCAUACAUGGAUGGCAAUCGAAAUGCCAACUCAAGAUCCCUAACACAGUUCGAGUCCACAAUGAGUCUGAAUGACAAGAAAGCGAAGGACAUGGGUCCUGAGUUUAUUAGGAUGUUAGAUGAGCCGCUGGUUGUCUUGGAGCUGCCUGGAUCCAUUGUGUCAAAGAAAGGGAAGUCUCCAAUCACUCAGAGAGAGCUGAGUGUGGUGAUGCCAAAUGGUCAGAGCAUUCUGGUCAAGUGUGAGGUGAAAACCAGAGGAGGAGACGUCUUCGACAUGAUUGUGGCUCACUCCAACCUGAUGGAACAUUUCUACUUUGGCCUUGCUUAUUUAGACGAUAACGAGUUUUUCUUUGUGGACAACGAUACCAAGAUUUCCAAAGUUGCUCCGGAUAGCUGGAAGAAAGUGCCUACAACCACCUUUGUCCUUUUCUUCAGGAUCAAAUUCUUUGUCAAUGACAUUUCUCUUCUUUUGCACAAACAGACCCGCCACCAGUAUUACCUCCAGCUCAGGAGAGACCUUCUGGAAAACAAGCUGUCCUGCCAUGAGGAGACUGCUCUGUACCUGGGAGCUCUGGCCCUGCAGACAGAGUGUGGAGACUGCAUGCCUGAGGUGUACGGUAGGACCUACUACCGCCCUGACCAGUAUGUCUCCAAGAGCGUGAUGGAGAAACGUGCCCUGCCUUACAUUCAGGGGGAGCUGCUGCGACUUCACACCAACAACGCUCAGAUGCUCGCCGACGAAUCAGAGCUUGAGUUUCUCAAGGUGUGUCAGCAGUUGCCUGAAUACGGCGUGUUGUUCCACCGUGUGAUGCGUGAGAAAAAGCCUUUAGAAGGGGAGAUUAUUCUCGGGGUUUGUGCCAAAGGAGUCAUCGUCUAUGAGGUUAAAGAUGGCUGCCGAUCCACUAGUCAGAAUUUCCACUGGAGGGAGACAGCUACGAUCUCCUCUAAUAGGCGUAAAUUUGUAGUAGAGUGCCGGGGCAGCAAGAAGAAGUACACCUUCAUCACAGAGAGAUCCAAGAUAGCCAAAUAUCUGUGUAACCUCUGCUCAGCCCAGCACAAGUUUAACAAUGAGAUGAACUCUCGCCAGCUCAGCCACAGCCUGGUCUCAGAGGACAACAUUGUGCAGUAUGCGGCAGCGUGUCGCGCUCAGAGCAGCCGGCUCAAGUCCAUCUCCUGUUCAGAGAUGCCACGGGAUGACAGCGGUCUGACCACGCCUCAGGACGAGUCCCUGAACAAGCUGUGUGAUGACGUCGCAGCCAGGCUCGAGACCCGCAUUAAACAGAAUACCUGCUCCAGCAGUCAGCGCAGCAGCACUGGCAUGCGUUCCCCAGCCUGCUUUCAAAGGAGUGGCUCUGAAGCGCCUUCCGGCUCCCCAGCAGCCAAAGGGCCACCAUCAGAGAGAGAGGUCAUAUGUGUUUCUUUAAAGAAAGACCCGAAGAUUGGCCUCGGUAUAGUGAUAGUGGGAGAGGACGCUGUGGGGCAUUAUGACUUGGGCAUCUUUGUUGCUUCCAUUGUGCCUGGUGGACCUGCUGAUAAGGAUGGACGCAUCCGACCAGGUGGUCGCCUGAUCUCUCUGAACCACAUCAGCCUGGAGGGCGUCACCUUCAGUGAGGCAGCAGAGGUCAUUCAAAGCUGCCCUGAAGAGGUGCAGCUCAUUAUCUCACAGCCAAAAGUGCCCCUCAGUCCCAUCAGUGUGCGCUCUUCCAUUUUGAGGAAUUACGAGUCCCAGACCAUGUUGAUGACAGACAGCCGAUCAGGAGACGAUAGCUUGGAUGGGACUGAUUCGGUCACGAUGACGCGGAAAACCGGCAACAGGCUUCACGUCCCACGAGAAGUACGAGUCCUCAGUGCACAGGACAGCUGCUCUUCGUCUCCAUCUCUAAACUGUGUGGGGCAGGGGGAGAUCACUGUGGAGCUCAGAAAGAUAUCAGGAAGUCUGGGCAUCAGCAUCUCUGGUGGUGUCAACACUAACCUUCGUAAUGGAGGAGUCUACAUCAGAAGCCUUGUUCCAGGAGGGGCUGCGGAGAGAGACGGACGUGUACAUACAGGUGACAGACUGUUGGAGGUGAAUGGGAUUAGCUUCCGGGGCUUCACCUACAAUCAGGCUGUGGAGUGUCUGAGUAAAACUGGGGAGGUGGUAAACUUGGUUUUAGAGAGGGACUUGAUGAGCCUACCCAGGGUUUCUCUCAGUGCAGACACCAGCAGCAGCAGUGUUUCCAAUCAAAGCAUCAGUCCAGCUACCAGCCCACUAAGGAUCAACAGCCACUCGACCAUCAGUACUCCUGCAAACACGAUCUCUGACCGGCCUAGGGACUACAGCUUUGUCAAUGAUGACAACACCCAGGAAGUGACUCUAACUAAGAGUGCCAACGGCCUGGGCUUCAGCUUCAUAAUGUGCGAGCUGGAUCCGCCAACUCAGGACUUCAGCAGCCUGGUCCGAAUAAAGCAGCUUUUCCCCGGCCAGCCAGCUCAGCAGUGCGGCAGGAUCCAGGAGGGAGACGUCAUGUUGGCCAUCAAUGGGCAGUCACUGAAGGAGCUAUCCUAUCCAAAGGUGCUAAAGCUGUUCAAGACUUCACCACAUGAGGUUCGACUGACUCUCUGUCGGCCUGCACCAGGGAUCCUUCCUUCCAUUGAUCAGUUUACUGGGACAUGAGUGAUGUUGCAGUGUUACACAGCAACACUGUGCUUCCUGAUCAGUCAGGAAGUGGUGAUGGAGACUGAGGACAGAAUGAACACUACGGGUGUUCUGAUCAAUGCAUUAAGCUGAUUUAAUCGAUGACCUCCAAAGCUGCAGAAAGGAAAUCCAGAAGAGUCAUUUUGUUGACACCAACAGAAGAAGCCGUAAAAUAAUCAUUGGUAUACAUUUUGUAGAGAAUAUGUUGCAUCUUGAAAUCACUA